GGUUUGGUUAAUUAGCGCCAACACGAGAAAAGAAACCAGAGAAGUUAAACCCUAAACUAAACCACUUGCUGUCAUUGAAAUCGAAGAUGGACAAGAGCAUGCUUGCCGAUUUAGAUGGUCUUCCUGAUGAAGAUAAGCUCAAAAUGGCCUCCAUGAUCGACCAGCUCCAGAUCCGAGACAGUCUGAGAAUGUACAACUCAUUGGUCGAGAGAUGCUUUACAGAUUGCAUAGACAACUUUCAGCGAAAGUCCUUAACUAAGCAAGAGGAAACAUGUGUACGUAGGUGUGCCGAGAAGUUCUUGAAACACUCAAUGCGCGUUGGCAUGAGAUUUGCCGAGCUCAACCAAGGAGCUGCUACCUCAGAUUAGGGUCACAUCAGAGGACACCCAGAUAUGAUUCUUGAGACCUUCAGUUCUUUAACGUCUGGAUUUAUAGUAUGUUUCUUUAACUUGUAAUUUGAUUAAUCCUUGAUUUAUAUUGAAGUUUUAGUAGCAGACUUUCAAUAAAUGUCAGAAAUUCCAUAUCCAUCAGGAUGAUAAGAUAUUUACUCAACCAUGUAGCCGUACAUUUGAAGCUGGUUUAACUUAAAAAGUUUUUUGCUUUUUUUUGGUACUA